UUGCUUGGUAUUAUCUUGGUAUUCCGCACAUCCCCGUCUACCUGGCAUAUAGACAGCUAAGGUGGGUGAGUAGCUACUAGCCACUGGGAUAUAUCGCCUUGCGAUGGUCGACACUACCUUCUGUAUACCGUCCGCUCUGCCGUCCGCUGCCCACCCCCCACAGCUCUCUACCUCCCUGUCUACUCACGUACCGAUAUCUACCAACCAACCAGAUGGAGCUAUCCCACGUCUACCUGCCGGACGGCCAGAGCUUCAUCGUCCAACCCGUCUUCUCCGGCCUAUUCUUCAAGUCCAACGAGCUUAAUUCGCAUCACGGGCCCUUCCCGGUCGGUUGGACCGUAGUCCUCCAUAGCGAGGACGAUCCCGAGGACAACCCGUCCGGCCCCGCUUCACAGAAUGGCGGCGCCGAUGAGCCCCGGUCUAACAGGGUCCAUACUCACCGAUACAGGCAGCCGACCCUGCAGAAUGACACCAUUUUCAUCUCAUCUAUCUCGAACCCGUCGAGCAGCGAGUUCAAGCCGCACUCGAGCCCCUCUCGCCAGAUUGCCCUGAUGCUCUGGGUGACGCUCUACUGGUACUUCCAGCAGCCCGAGCCGUAUCCGUACCUUGAGACGGAGCAGUCGAGGCACGCGCCGCCGGACGCGAAACCCAAGGGCGAGUGGCGCAUCAAGGUCAAGCAGGAGGGAGUUCUGCGCACUCGCAACAUGAUGCCGAAACUCGAGCGAAUGGGUCUCAUAUCAACCCUAGACUCGGCCGUCGGCACGAGCCUCGACGACAGUAACCACGGUUGGGAUAGCAUGUUCGCGACGCGACGCAUGUUCUGGCAGAUCCACAGCGGCCUCUUUCUGUUCACGCUGCAGCCGGUCAACCAGGGUUCCUCCUACCCUGGGUCACCUACCAGUAGCCGCCCGACGUCGCCGUCUAGGAGUGAUACGGGUCUACCCACCGCCCUGUCCAACCACUUAGCCCUCGUCACCAACUCUGCCUCCCCGGAGUCGUCCGGUAUCAGCUAUCCUACCGGACCGUACUUCUCGUCCUCCCACCUGCCGACGUACUACCCUCCGGCACCGCUACAGUACGUGAUGACGAACAACGUGCGGCACCCGCUGCGCCAGAAGCCCCCACACAUGGGUGAGGUAUUUUACGCGCGUUUUGUGCCGAGCGUCGGAAGGUACCUCUCGUUCCGCGUAGCGUCAAUGUCACCAAAGCCGGUCCCCUACCUGGGCCCUAUCGGCCCCAACGGCGGCAGUGAAAAGGAACACUCGCACCUGUGCCUGCUGUCGGACACGUCGCUACUACAGGCGUGGCUGUCGAACCCGCGGGUUUCGGCUUUCUGGGGCUCAUACCACCCGGGAUUCCUGCCGGACGCGCUGCGGCAGCGCCACUCGUUCCCGGUGAUUGCGAUGUGGGACGGUGUGCCGUUCGGCUACCUCGAGAUCUACUGGGUGAAAGAAGACAUACUCGGCUGCCACAUGGGCGGCAGCGACACGCAGGAUUUCGACCGCGGCCUCCACGUGCUCGUCGGCGAGGAGUGGGCCCGAGGCAAGGUCCAGCAGUGGCUCUCCAGCGUCGUCCACUGGUGCUGGCAAGCCGACUACCGCACUACCAACAUAUACCUCGAACCGAGGGUCGACAACGCAAGAUUCAUUAGACACCUCCAGGCCGCGGGUUUCUCUAAGGAGAGGGAAGUGUCGUUCGCGCACAAACGCGCCUGGGUCUGCCGGUUGAGGAGGGAAACCUGGGACGGGCCAGCCAUGUGAGCGUAGUGAAAGACC